ACCCUCAAGUUGUUGUUGACGUAAUGAACCCUGACUGCGUCACCCUUGAGAACGUCAUCUCUCCUAGCUGGCUUUGGCGAUCUGCAUAAUAUCGUGAUUCUAGCGCGCAGAUUCACUGGCAAACUCGUCUCCGAUGAUUUCGAAUUCGAUGUGUGGAGUUCCCUUUUAGGAAAAGUGCUGUAUUAUUCCAAAGCGCAGCUACGACGAUGCUGUGCUCCUCACUUGCUAUUCACUCACAUCCAUCCUUCUCCCUCUCGGAUACCUUUUCUUGGUCUACGCUCUAUAGUUUGUUUUACGAGGUCUGACUUUGAUGGGUAGGUGCACGUUGAUCAAUCGAAACCUUUGGCUGGAGGUUGCGGCUGCCCUGUGGGCUUCGUCGCUGCUACCAACGGCCCAAGCAUACUGCUAUAUUGAUAGUUUCGGAUUUGAACGUUGUACCAUGGGUACAGGGGCUCGCAUCGGAAUUGCGUUCGGACUAAUUGCUCUUGCCGCUCUUGUCGGUAUUAUGGUUAUGGUCGGUAUCCGGAGACGAAGAGCGCAGGCGCAGAAGGCGAACCUCGCCUACGUCCACAAUCCCGUCCAGAAUAACCAGGCACACUAUUACCCUGGCUAUCCACAGGGCUACCCACCGCCGGGCGGCUAUGAUCCUAAUGGCCCUCAGUAUCCCCCGCAGGCUUACACGCCUUAUCCAGGAUAUGACCCCGCGACUGGAUAUGCCCCGCCUAUGGGCUCACCGCCCCAGUACUAUGCUCCACCUGCUGGACCUCCGCCCGACAAGGCAUAGGCUCUCUACCGUGUACUGCAUUGUUAUUGGACUUUCUUCCUUUGCGGCGUGUAUUGGAUUUUUUUGUAUGCCUAGGACUCUGGUAUAGAAAUCCUGUGAAGAUGAAUUUGACGCUGUCGAGUGAUGACAUUCGAUGUGAAGAUUUCCCGUAAUCCCGGUGUUCCAGAGUGUG